UCUCCAGAGGAAGGGCAAACGUCUAAAUCCCUUUCCAGGCAACCAAAAUAACAAAUCAACCGCGAACCUGAAACAUGAUCCCCUCUCAAAUCUCACCAAAACAAUAAAGAGCGUGUGUGUGUAUAUAUAUGUAGAGAGAGAGGGGGGGACGGGAGAGGGAAAGAGAGUGGCGCAAAACUGAGUGCAUCGCAUUCAAGAUUCUGAUCGAAACUAGAUCACCUUUAGUAUAUCGGCUUUCGGAAUUGGCAUCAAUAUUUGAUGGGGUCUUGUGUAUAUCACAAUAGGUGCAUUUCAGAAGGAGUGUGGGAGAAAUUGAAAUCUAUUUGCAUUGAUUAAAGGGAAAAAAGGUAUACAAAGUGGAGGAAAGAAGAAAGGCCAUGGAAGAUGUGUCAAAAUAUGCACACAGUCCUGCACAUUUGGCAGUCUUGCAGCGUGACCAUGUUGUUCUGAAAGGGAUUGUUGCUUCCCUUCCUCGACUGGCCAAGGCAGGAGAGGUGAAUACAGAGACUGAGUCUUUGGCUGCUGAAAAGGAUGCUGAUGCUGUAUGUGCAGUAAUUGAUAGGCGGGAUGUACCAGGCAGGGAAACCCCUUUGCACCUUGCGGUGAGGCUUAAUGAUGCAACUUCUGCAGAGAUUUUAAUGUCAGCAGGUGCUGAUUGGAGUCUUCAGAAUGAAAAUGGAUGGAGUGCACUUCAGGAAGCAGUGUGUGCUAGGGAGGAGAAUAUUGCUAUGAUCAUUGCAAGACACUACCAGCCUCUUGCCUGGGCCAAAUGGUGCCGUAGACUUCCUAGGAUUGUGGCCUCUGCAGCUCGGAUUCGUGACUUUUACAUGGAGAUAUCCUUCCAUUUUGAGAGCUCAGUGAUACCAUUUAUUGGUAGGAUUGCUCCCUCAGACACUUACAGGAUAUGGAAACGCGGUUCUAAUCUCCGUGCAGAUAUGACUCUUGCUGGGUUUGAUGGUUUCCAUAUCCAACGGUCUGAUCAAACUUUUCUCUUCUUUGGAGAGGGCUAUUUUUGGGAAGGUGGAAAUAGAUCUUUGCCUCCUGGUUCUUUGAUAGUUCUCUCCCAUAAGAAGAAAGAAAUCACAAAUGCUUUUGAGGGAGCUGGAGUUCAACCAUCAGAAGCUGCAGUUGCCCGUGAAGUGGCUUGCAUGUCUCGAACUAAUAUGUACAGGCCAGGAAUUGAUGUUACUCAAGCUGAGUUUGUUCCACAUUUGAAUUGGAGACGACAGGAGAGGACUGAGUCAGUUGGAGCUUGGAAGGCCAAGGUUUAUGAUAUGCUUCACGUGUCAUUGAGCGUGAAGUCAAGGCGAGUUCCUGGUGCUAUGACUGAUGAGGAGCUUUUUGCGGUGAAUGAUGAUGAUAGAAUAGCAAAUGGUGUUGGACAUGAUGAAUAUAGUGAUGUUUUAACUGCUGAGGAAAGAAUGCAGUUAGAUUCUGCUUUUCACAAGGGGAACUCCGAUGGUCUGGAGAAUGAUGAGGAAUCUGAUUUUCAGGAUAGACGUGAAAAUUAUAAUGGGCAUUCAUUUGAAUCUUGUGAAUCAAAUGUUGCUAUGAAAGAAGAGAAAAGUUGGUUCGGUUGGAGCAAGAAAGGUUUGAAAAAUACAGGAGAUGAUCCUGAUGAUUUAAAGAUUCGGAAAAAAUUCUUGACGUUGGCACCAGAUGAUAGAAAGCAGUGGCUCAAUGAAAGUAGCCUAUCAUCGUCUGAAUUUCUCAGGGAAGAUAUUGGGAACUUUAAAAAAUCCAACGACAAACGCAGCAAGAAGAAAAAGAAGAAAGGGGCCCCUAGUGGGUCAAAGAAUGAGAGCGAGUAUAAGAAAGGUCUAAGACCAGUUUUGUGGUUGACACCAGAUUUUCCUUUGAAAACAGACGAACUCUUGCCUUUACUUGAUAUACUGGCUAACAAGGUAAAAGCUGUUAGGAGACUAAGAGAGGUUUUGACUACUAAAUUUCCUCCUGGCACCUUUCCGGUCAAGAUUGCCAUCCCAAUUGUCCCAACCAUUCGGGUCCUAGCGACAUUUACAAAGUUUGAGGAGCUUCAGCCAAUGGAGGAGUUUUCGACCCCUCUCUCCAGUCCCGUACAUUUCCAAGAUGCCAAAUCUAAGGACUUUGAAGGUUCCACAUCAUGGAUUUCAUGGAUGAAGGGAAGCCGUGGGGAACAAUUAAGUGAAAAUCGCAGUUUCAGAGAUGAUAUUGACCCUUUUUACAUACCAUCUGACUAUGCAUGGGUUGAUGCAAAUGAGAAAAAACGUAGGAUGAAAGCGAAGAGAGCAAAAGACAAGAAACAUAAAAAGCCUGUUGCUGCGAAAAAUCCCGGUUAUGCUCGGCAGUUUAAUGAAGAUAUCAAGGAUUAGUGGCAGUGAAAGAUAAACAAUUGCAAAAGAUUAGAGGCUGCAACAUCAGAAUGCGAAGAAUGAUGUAAAACUAGUCUUUGAAUGUCUGGCUUCUUUAACUCUUUUCUUCCUUAGAUUUAAAUUCUUUACCCUAUAGGGCUUCAGUUUGUAUAGAGCAACUUGAAUGUUAAAUCAAAAUUUCGAUCAGUUUUGAGCUCCGACUCCUCUCAGAUUUCUCUUUGUUCCUCUCUUCUCUUUCACUCUCUUCUGUUUCUCCUGGAAGGUUUGAAUGUUUUGGAGGAUUCAGUGGUAUAUCGUGAUAUAAUGAUCGUCAUCUUCA